UUACAAGACAACUAGACACAAGUCAGUUAAAAUCUCAUUCCAAGUAUUCAGUUCAAUCUUAAACAUUCAUACAGUGUUCAGUCUCAAGUUCUCAAUACUAAAAUUCAACUUAAGUUCAAGUCUAUUUUAAAAGUUAUAUACAAGUGUCAAUUCUAUUACCAAAUUCAAAUAAUUUCAUCACAUAUCGAAAUCAUAAAUCGAUAUAUCAAUAUAUCGAUACAGUAAAUCGAUUAAUCGAUUAUUAAUAAUCGAUAUUACGAGGAUUCCAAAUUAUUUCACGUUUUUGAAGACAACGAUUUUAUUCAUAACUAUAAAUAAAAAACCAAUAGAGUUUGUUGUACAAUGCACAUGACAAAUACAUUAAUGGCGACUUGGCGGGAAUUGGAAAAAAUCACGUGAUUUUCAGUUGGCAUGGCUGGCAUUGUGCAGUGAAUUCGUCAACACGGUCAACGCCGACCCCGCCACAACAUGAAUAGUGUCUGUCAAUGUCAUUAAAGUAGAUAAUUUAAAAACUACUUCUAUUUACGAAUGUUCCAGCUGUAAUUUAAUUCGGAAAAGUACAUCAUUAUGCCUGAAGCAUUGUUGAAUGAAAAGCGGCAAAUAAUUUACGUCAUAAAACAUUUCAAAUUUGAAGAAUUAGAAAAUAGUGUUGUUCCACUUUUUCCUGAAACGUCAUGGAAAAAGAUCAGAUCCGAUUUAAUAGAAAAUCAGCAAAGGCUGUCUGUUUUGAAUGUGUCAAAAUUAAUAUCAAAAUUAAUCGAUGAUUGCAAAUUGUCAAAUAAGAAUCUAAGAAGCCGGCUUUCAUUACUAGAAGUAAUGGUAUUCUAUUUUCUAGACAUCAGUAGGCACCAUAUGAAAAAAACGUGGUACAGUUUUGAAAUGUUGAAUCUCAAGGAAAAAGUACAUUUUAUGACAAAAAGUGAAAUCGAAACAGAAAUAAUGGAAUUGUUUCGUGAACGUAAUAUAAAUGCUGACGUACAUACGGCAAUUUAUGAUGGUUUUAUGUUUGUCGCAAUAAGAGAAAAACCAAACCAAAAGAAAUUUAAUCGAUUCAAUACAAUUUUCUUUGCUCUAAUUUUGGGUCACGAUCAUUUUUUCUGCUCGAAAAAAACUUUGACCAACCCAUUUAUUAAAGUAAUUUCAAAUACCAUGGGAUAUAAUGAAUGCAAACGUAUUCAAUUAUUUGGGAAAAAUAUAAAGUCACUUCUAAAAUUAAUGUGGCAGAAAAGGCAAGGUGCCAUUAAUACUGUCACUGCUGACGUGCCAUAUCAAGAUCACAAACCAUUGAUCACGAGUACGGGUAUUAACUUCACACAAGCCAAAAAUAGAAAACAAUAUGUUGAAACAUUUUUCGGACCCAAUCCACCCCAAGUGGAAACAUUAGCAUUACAAUGUGCAAAUUCAGCGUGGUAUGACGAAGAGUCCUUCGAAAAAUCACAAGAUAAUUUCAAUGUUGCAUGGGAUUUCAAAAGCGUAAACAUCAAUAAUUUUAUACAAAAUAUAAUAAAGGAAAAAAUCCUUCCAUUGCCAAUGCCGGCUUAUUUAUCCGAAUGGACAACAUCUGGAAGAAAUUUUAUGAAUUUAGAGGAAACGUGAAUUUUGUUUAUUGACGACAAAUCAAUUUGAUGAUUUGAUGUAAUGUAAGCACUUUUAUUUUAUUUUGAAUAACUCGCUUGUGUUCACUAAAAUUUAACGUUUUGUACUAAUAAAAAAUGUGUUACUGUCAUUUCAAUAUUGUAAAUUUUUGUAAAAUUAUGUAGAUU